AUGGUGGAUGUCCCAUGUGUUAUAAUCAAGAGAUGUAAUUCAGACUGGAGCUGUUGUGGUAUCGUUUUAGACAGUAAUAACGGCAUUUUGUUAACAGUUGCGUCUUUAUUUAGUGACACUUUGCAUCAAAAUGAAAGGCAGCGGACAAUUUCCGAGGAUUCCCCCAUCCUUGUCAGUUCAAUGUCACCAAAUGAUGAAAUCGCUGUCGAGGUUAUCUUUCGAAGUCACACAGACGAAGAAUUUAGAACAUUCGAAGGCUAUGUCAUCUUGUUUUGGAGAGAUUACGGACUUAAGAGAAUUACUGAACUUAUUUUUCCAACGUCGGAAUGGAAAUUCGAACUAUUUGGUCAUGAUCAGAAAUAUUUUCAAGGAGCCUCAGAUGAAGAACAUGGGAACGACACGUCCCAGCUGCAUCAGACCGCCCUAUCAGAUUUUGCUCUGAUCAAAGUGAAAAAUCCUGAGAAUUUCUGCUUAUCUUACAGUUUGGUUAAUCUACGAACGCUGCGUGGCCUUGAAAACCCUAAAAUAGGCGACUCUUUGUGUGUUAUUGGCACACCUUUCGGGUGUGAAUGUCCCCAAGUUUUCUACAACAGCGUUUCUAAAGGGAUCGUGUCUAAUGUCCUGGGACGGAACAAUGAAAUGAUCAUCACUGAUGCCCGUUGUAUUCCAGGCUGUGAAGGAUGCGCUUUGUACACUUUCAACCACAAACCUGGAUUAUUGAAUGGUAGAGAUCUCUACGGAAUCGUUCUUGCACCAUUUUGUUGGCGGAACGGCGAGUGGAUCGGAAUAACUUUAGCUUGUUCACUGUGGUAUAUAAUACAUAAUUUGUCACAACUAUUGAAGGGGAACAUAUCUUUGAUUCCACUCAAGUUAACGGAAAUUCUAGCCAAUGUGUUAGACUUCCAGGUCAAAAUACAGUCUCAGCAGAAUGUCAUCACAGAAGAUAACAUGCUUGUGCACAAAGGCACCCACUCAACUGUCAUACAUGUAGAUCGAGACAGUUCUAACCUUCAGGACAUAAUAAAGAUAGCUCUUUCAAGUGUUGUAAUGGUUCAGUGUGGUAACAGAUGGGGCUCAGGUGUUAUAAUUGAUAGUGAAGAUGGUCUCGUCGUAACCUGUAGUCAUGUGGUUAAAGAUUGUCAGAAUCCCCUUAUUGUGACAGGGAGCAGUAAUACUGUACAAUGUUUCAGGGAAAAGGACAAAGUCAAGCUAUGUGGGAAUUAUGACCACAGUGCUCAUCAGAAAGUACAAGUUCUCUUUGCCACUCAAGAAGAAUGCCCUUUAGAUUUUGCUUUGUUGAAAAUGCAACUGAAUCAACAGUCAAGACCUCUUAGAUCAAGACUAGAGACUAAUCUUGAGCAGAGAAAAUCUCCAAAAUCUUUUGCCAAACAUCGUUACAAGAAAGGCAAGGAUGUCCUUGUAAUUGGUUUUCCACUGUUUGCAAGCCACUUGAACACAGGAGCAUCAGUUGUUUCUGGGGUAAUAUCAAACAUUGUACAUGUUCAGAAACAGACAGUGUUACUUCAGUCAACUGCAGCAGUUCACUGUGGUACAAGUGGAGGGGCACUGGUGUCUGCUGAGACUGGGGAACUGUUAGGAAUGAUAACAAGUCAUGUGAAAGAUGCAAACAUGUCCUGUACCUUCCCUCAUGUGAACUUUAGCAUUCCAGCUGACUUACUGUAUCAACUAGUUUCAUCAGUAAAGGAUGGGACAAUUGAAAAUACUCUGCAAGCUCUUGUCUCAAAUGACUUGAAAAAUGUAUGGCAAUUAGACAAAAAUCUUUCUGACAAGCCUCAAAUUAUUAGCAAGCUGUAAGAAGCUUCGCCUUUUUUUUUCCCAUAAGUGACCCAAAAAAUUAAUUUCUCCUUACAGUAUUUUUACAUUUUCAGGCAAAAAGGUGAGGAGAAGAGGGAAAAAUGAUCGACAUAGGGGUGUUAAAUGAUUUAUCACCAAAUUCCUAAAGCUUAAAUUGUUUAACACAUGACAGACAGUGUGGAGAACAAAUACCUAGAUCAAGGAUUCAGAGGGUUAGUCUUUUAACCUUUUAGUUCCUUAAGUAUGAGGACAAAGGGUUUGUUAGGCAAGGAGAAUUACAACAGGUCCAAACACGCUAGAUAAACAAUUCUCUUUUAAUCUGACUGUACACCACAAGAUUUUAAACUCAAAUACAGUGACUAUUGAUAAUAUCAUUCCCCAGAUGUAGUCUGGCCUAAGGGGCCUGGAUAUGAGUGACAGGCAGACAGGUAUCAGAGGUGGAACUAGCAUUUGUACUGUGUAGGAUUCUUAUUUGUCAUACGAUAUGCUCACCUUGGACAAGUAAUACCAUAGCAAAACCAUGAUCAAAGCUGACUUGUGUAGGGCCGGAUAGAUUGACAAGAGCUGGUCUGGAUAAAAUCAUCUGGCCCCGCACUCUGACAAAAAUAAAGAGAUUUGUUUACGUGAAACUUAAGGGGAAACAGAAAUGUGAAAAUAAGUCACGUUUUUCAAUAAUUGUGAUUUCUUGCUCUGACUUGAAAAAAUAAAGGAAAAGUUGUUAUUUUAGGAUCUUUUUUUGAAUUUUUUUCGAAAUUUUCCAGCAACACCAGGUGGUCAUAUGAUGAAAUGCUAUUUGACUGAGUUAAAGGGACACAAAAGUUGCUCCGAGUUUGCAGUUCAGGUUAUGAAUUAAGUGGGAGUCGAAAGUAUAUGAAAAACAAUGAAAAUUUCCUUUUUCGAUUCUAUUGUUACUUGCGUGGUGGCGUUCAUGUUUUAAUUCUGAUUGACGAUCACAGAGAAUCACCAGAAUCAUUCCAGAGACAUUCUUGUACAAGCCAUUGACAAUGAAGCAAAUUGAAUCAAUCAAAACAGGAUAAGGUCGUGAUCUUGUGGAAAAAGGAAACUAGGAUAGAAGACGGCGCCCAUUUGAGUGGAAACAGUAUCAAACUAUAUUAAAGUUCACAAGGCAACCAGGUGAACAAUCAGACACGGUUUGAUGCUGGUCUGGUUUAAAGAUUUAAUAAAUGUAACCGAAAAAUUACAAUUCAUAGACACAAUGUUUCGAAACUCCUGUCUAGUGCCUUCAUCAUCUUUUGUUUACCAGCUGAGUUGAUAAUGUAAAUUGCCACCACUAAAAGUUUCUAAAGUUAUAUACUUUGGUACUACAUUUGUUGUCACGCUAAGGAAAACGUCAUUUCUCAAAAUUAUGGGUUAUAAAAAAAGGUUUAUAACGGAAAAUGUUCAUCUUCAUCUCGUCUAACAUCAAAUUUGUACUUAAAAAGAUGCUGAUAAAAUUGAGUACAGUCUGUGGUUAAAAAUACAGAAUAAUUUCAUUAUAUAUGAUUAAAGACGUAAGUCUCCUUCAGAUGUAACGCGAGGGAGAACGGCGUGACAUCCCGGGGAAAGGUUGCGAAAGAGACUAACAUCAAAUUCACGAAAGAAAUGUGUUUUAACAAAACGACUGUUACAUAGUUAGCGCGCGAUAUCUUGAGACUCGCGCAUGAAUAUUG